AUGAGGACUGGUUUGAGGAAUGGUAGCGACAGCAUUCAGGGCUCAUUCUCUCCCAACCAGAUUGCAGAGGUGGAGACAGAGACGGAGACAGAAAGAGACUCUUCGUCCAGUGCUGAGACUGCACAUGAGGGUAAUGAGAGUGAUGAAGGGGAAUACGAAGAAGGGCCUGCUGAAAUUAUCGUAAAGAAAUUGUCUAGCAUAGAGAGGGAUCGUAUGGACUUGCAGUCAACUAUUGAUGCUCUUCAAGAAGAGAAAAAGUUGUUGCAGUCCAAGUUACGCAAAGCUUCCACUGGUAGAAAAUCCGUUGAUGUUACCCAGAGUAGUACACAUAAGAAGGAUGAAUCUACUUCUACCGAAGAUUUAGAAAAUGAAGAUACCAUUACCAAUACCUUGAAUCAGGAAGUGCAGGAUACAUCUUUUAUUGGAAUUGAUGCCUCCAAUUUUUCAAUGUUGCCUGACAAUGGCUAUUCAAAUAUACCUCCUGAUCAGAUGAGAAUGAUUCAAAACAUUAAUGCAUUAAUUGCAGAGUUGGCUAUGGAGAAGGAAGAGUUGGUUCAAACUUUGGCGUCUGAGUCAUCUCAUUGUUCUCAGUUGAAGGUAAUGCAGAUGUGA